AAUGUCACGGACAAUGGAGUGGGCGGCGAGGGCCGACCACUUGGAUGGCAUACCCCGAAAACUCGUCAUAGCGGCUGUGGGCGCCUUCGCCAAAACGGUGUCGUCUCUUCUCAAUAGCACCUCCGUUCACAACGCCGACACCCUCCUUCGCCUCCUCCGCUCCAGACCCCCACGUGUCCCCCUCAUUACCGUUAGCAAUCACAUGUCCACUUUGGACGACCCUGUUAUGUGGGGUUUCAAGGGUUUUCCCAUCUUCGACACAAGACUAGCUCGAUGGGUUCUCGCUGCCGAAGAUAUUUGCUUCAAGAAUUCCCUCUAUUCAUAUAUUUUUCGCCUUGGGAAAUGCAUACCGAUUACAAGAGGUGGUGGAAUUUAUCAAGAGCACAUGAACGAAGCUCUUGAGCGCUUAAAUGCUGGAGAAUGGUUGCAUACUUUUCCAGAAGGAAAAGUGAAUCAAGAAGAUGUGCCUAUAAGGCGGUUGAAAUGGGGAACUGCUAGUCUAAUUGUUCGUGCACCUAUAACUCCAAUUGUAUUGCCAAUUGUUCAUCAUGGUUUCCACGAGGUGAUGCCAGAGAAAUAUUUGUUUGGUAGACGGCCCUUUUUACCCUUGUGUAAUAAGAAAAUCGACAUAAUUAUUGGUGAUCCAAUAGAGUUUGACCUUCCAGCAAUGAGGCAAAAGGCUAUUUCCCAGUCUCGUAGGGAGUCAUUCCCUACCAUUGGAUGGCCCACUACUGAUGGUUUGGAUGAAGCAGCACAAAGAUAUCUCUACACUACAAUUUCAGAGCAAAUCCGUGCUGCCAUGGAGAGAUUAAGGUGUUUUGGUAAAAGUUGUGGGAAGUCGUAGGUUCAAACCUACCGAAGUUUUUUCAGAUCAAGAGUUUGCUAUUUGUAUCAUUUUUUGUUAUUGGUUGAGUGAGAGCUCUUAACUUCGGCUUCUUAUAAUGGAGUGACAUUAUUUUUUUGGGGUAACAAUAUCAAGUGUCAUUCGAUGGGGGAGGUACAUGCCCUCUCCAUGCAAAGCCCAAAAUUAGAUGGGCUAGAAUUUCAACAUCCAAAUUUUCAAAAAAGAGUUUCAGUCCAGAGGUAGUAACUUUGGAUAGUUUACAAGAACGUGAAUGGAUUUUGAUCAUUAGCAUUUUAGUAGAGUUAUAUGAAUAGAUUAAUAAACAGCUGGGACUGGCAUUUCGGGGGUUACACAAUUCGAGUGUGUCUAAUUGUUCAUUUCUUUCUGUGUAAUGUACAAUAUUCCAAUUCAUGGUU